GGUGCCGCGGCGUGGGUCUUCCCGCAGCGAUGGUGCAGGACCCGCGGGGGCGGCCGGUGGCGGAGCUGCUGCUGCAGGCGGGGCCGGCCCACAGCAUCCUCUGCCUCUGCUCCCGCGCCUUCGUCGAAGAUCGAAAAUUAUAUAAACUGGGAUUAAAAGGAUUUUAUGUCAAAGAUGACAAUGACAGUACAGGGGAGGAACAAGCGUCUGAAGAGGAGAACCGUUGUCCCAAUGCGACAUUAAAGGUGGAUAUUGAUCAUGCUCUUGACCUGGAAGAAGUUGAGCUAGACUCGGAGGCAGAGCUCAUGAAGAGCAUGGGAUUGCCUCUUCAGUUUGGUGGGCAGUCAGCCCACAGGGACUUCGUGGCAACAGAAAAUUACAGAAAGAGAAGUAAAGUGAAGAUUAUGAAAAAGAAAAAGAAGAAAAAAGAGUUAAAGCAAAAACACGAGGAUAAAAUGGGGCAGGAAUGCCAGGAUCGAGCCUGUGGUGAUCAUAUCCAGUCCGUUUCUGGUGAGCUGGCCUUAGCUGCAGAGCAAUGUGAGAGGAGCAGCAAACCUCAGGAAGUAACUGAAGGGAACUGUGAAAGUUCAGAAAGUCUUGCAAAUGAGGCUUUACACAGUGAACUUAAAGAAAAAUGGGAGAAGUACUGGAGUGAGUACGGAGAGGGCCUUCUUUGGCAAAGUUGGCUGGAGAAGCAUCAAGACGUAUCCUUGUCUGAGGCCACCACAGCUUCUGAGCCUUGGAAUAGUCCAGACACCAGGGAAGAGUGGGAGCAGCAUUAUAGCGAACUGUACUGGUAUUACUGGGAGCAAUUUCAGUACUGGACAAGUCAAGGAUGGACUACUGAGAGCUCGCACGGUGACAAUGUGGAAGCUAAUGGGGUUACCCAGGAGACAGGUUUUUCGGGGAAAAUGGACUUGGUUAGCCCAGGGGCUGAAGGCAGUGAAGUGCUGAGCUUGCAGCCGUCUCCCUCUGUCACCAGAAGCGAGGAAACACUCCCUUCAAGUGCUGAGCCCCACAGUGAAAUUAUCUCUGGGAUUUGUAAUUUAAAUCUGAAUCAGGAGGAAGUGGAGCCGAGCAGUGCAGCUCUAACAGUAGCCCACCAAGGUCCUCAGGAACAUAGUUCGUCUGAUGGUGAAAGGCAGAAGGAGCCCUGUGAUGGAGGAAACAGGAAAAGGAGUGCAUCUUGUGAAAAUAAAAGUAUUAACCAAUCAGGUUCACAGGGGUCAUGUAGCUCAAAUUCAAAUGACAAAGAACAGUUGCUUCUUCAUGACCAAGAUGAAGAUGAGGACGAAGAGCCUCCUGAAUACAGACAUGCCAAAGUCAAGCGAAGCCAUGAACUGGAUGUGGAUGAGAACCCUGUGGAAGAUCCUGAGGAAACCUGCUCUGUCUUGGGUUUCAAGUGUGGCACGGGACAAAAGUAUGGUGGAAUUCCAGAUUUCACCCACCGAAGCGUGCAGUACUUGGAGAAAAAAGCAAAACUCAAGUCCAGAUUCUUGGAUAUGCGUAAACCAAGGAAGAGCAAAAACACCCACAUCUUCUUUACAGAGGGAUCUGAAACAUCGUUCAAGAAAAAUAAAACUUUGAAGAAGGUGGAGGAGUUCCUGAAGCAGGUUAAUAAGCCUGGGGAGGAAGCCCCAUCCCAGACAGCCUCACCUCGCUCGAAAGUGGAAGCGUCGUCCUCGAGCAGCGACUCAGAAGAUCAGGAAGGUGUUAUUGCCAUGCAGACUGUGACACUGAAUGCUGAAAACCAAAACCCACCAUCCUCCAGCGUGGCCUUCACAGAACCUGGAGGGAGUAACCUUGAGGAGGAGGCGGGGGACGCGGCAGCGAGCGGCUCCGAUGGCCGGGGUGCGGGGAGGCAGCUGGUCCCCCUGGAUAUUCCCGAUUAUCUCCGGGUAGAGACAGAGGAUGUCAGCCAAGCUGCGGAUGAAAAAAUUACCAUGAAGAAGAAGGAGAAAAAAAGGAGGAGACGGAAUAGGAUUGCUCUGGGAGCUCUACCUGCCGAGAUUGCUGCUGAUCCAGAGCUGGCCAAGUACUGGGCACAGCGCUACCGGCUCUUCUCGCGCUUUGACGAGGGAAUCAAACUAGACAGAGAGGGUUGGUUUUCUGUUACUCCAGAGAAAAUAGCUGAGCAUAUUGCCCUCCGCGUUAGCCAGUCGUUCAACUGCGAUAUCAUCGUGGACGCGUUCUGUGGGGUUGGAGGAAAUGCCAUUCAGUUUGCACUGACCUCCAAAAGGGUGAUCGCUAUUGAUAUUGAUCCCGAGAAGCUCAGUCUGGCGCGCAACAACGCUGAAGUCUACGGUGUGGCAGAUCAGAUAGAAUUUGUGUGUGGGGACUUCAUGGUGCUGGCUGCUGACCUGAAAGCAGAUGUGGUGUUCCUCAGCCCACCCUGGGGGGGCCCUGACUACGCCACUGCCGAAAUCUUCGAUAUCCAAACCAUGAUUUGCCCAGAUGGAUUUGAAAUUUUCAGGCUCUCUAAGAAGAUCACCAAUAAUAUUGUGUAUUUUCUACCUCGGAAUGCUGACAUUGACCAGGUGGCUUCCUUAGCAGGGCCAGGAGGGAAAGUUGAAAUCGAACAAAAUUUUCUCAACAACAAGCUGAAGACAAUAACAGCUUAUUUUGGUGAUCUAAUAAGGCAUGACAUCUCCUGAACUCGGUGUGGAUUCUUCUUAACCUCCCCGACUGCUGCACUGCUUAAGCUUUUGUACAGCUGGCUGGUCAACAAUGACUUAAAGCCAUUUUCCACUUUAAUUUCUGUUUACAGAAACGUGUUCUGUUUAUUGCUGCCGUCAAUAAAUGUUUUAUAAUAAUUUUCA